CUCACUCACUCGUUUGACUCAGUAUCACUUCGAAGUAGUAUCGGAGUAGACGCAUGAGCGUUGCGUUCGUAUAGUCCACACAACCGCAUCCCAUAAAGUUUUUUUUGUUUCUCCACAACAAAAUAUUGUGUAAUAAACUAAUAAAACACUUCCGUGGUCACGUUGUGAGUGCUAUAGUUCACGGAUUUCCACAGCUCUUGUCCUGUUGAUCCCGCCUCAAUCAGGACGUUCAGCGGGACCAGCAGCAAGGCUGGCAGCGGGGAUGCGCGCGCGGCCGAGGGUGACGCCGGUGCCAUGAGCCGCGACGUCUCCACCAAGAUCGCAGCGGGCAUGGACCGCUGGCAGAACACUCUCGAGGAGAUGAUCAACCUCCGCACCUCCAACAACCACCAGGCCUUCAAGGAUACCUCUUGGGCACUUAGCGGGUUCGAUGAACUUCGUCUGUACGUUAAACAAGGCGGUGAUUUCAGCAAAGAACUUGCUGCCAUAUUGCAAGAAAGGAUAGAAGCUGAAAAUUAUUAUUCGAAGUGUUUAGCGAAACUCGGCACUAAGCUGAGCAAAGCUUGUAAAGAGAGCAUUGGCUCCUGCGCCGAGGCGUGGAAACAUGUCGCUACUGAGAUGGAAAAACGAGCAGAUAUUCAUAGGGCAUAUUCUCACGCUCUUACAGAGGAAUUAGUAAAACCUAUGAAAAUUGUUAUCGACAAUCAACUGAAGCUGAGAAAAAAGAUCGAGGGUAACGUGGAUAAAACUUCGCGGGCUCUCUCCGAGUGGCGUACAAACGAAGUUAAAUCUAAGAAGAAUUCGCACGCAGCGGCAAGGGAAAACGAGAAACUGCAAGAUGCUACUUUAGAUAUUAGUCGGAUGCCGCGCAGCUCCAGCGUCGGGCACAUCCCGCACGCGCACUCUAUCCUGAGCGCGGCGCGCGCCGAGCGCGUCACCGGCGCCACCAGCGAGCGGGACGCCGCCAAGCUCCUAGUCAAGAAGAGGAAAACGGAAGACGCCGUUAAAAAGACUGAAGUCGAAUAUUAUAAUGUUUGUGUUCACGCGGAAAGAGCCAGGCUCGAGUGGGAAUCGAGCGUGAUGAAAGGCGCCGGCAUGCUUGAAUCUCUGGAGGAAGAGAGACUGGCUCAGCUGAAGACCGCAGCCGACUGCUACCUCAGGCUGACUGCAGCGGUGCCUCCACAGCUAGCUGAGAUUUCCAACACCCUAGUGGGCCCCAUAAGCAAGGCGGAGCCGCACGUGGACAUGCGUGUGGUGCGUCGCGUGCGCAGCGCGCCCGCCGGCGCCACCGAGCAGCUGCUGCCAGACUUCUACUGCGAGCACACCACGCUCGCCAUGAACAAGGAGCGUCGCAAGCAGGCACUGCUAAAAAUUCUACAACUAGUAAAACAAGAUAUUGAUAGAGAGCGCAAGUCUAAGCAGGGCUUGGAGAAACUGUCCAUGGCCAUGAAGCAGACGCCGACCUUCGGCAACGAUGACUCGCAACAGAAUGUCGCUGACAAACUAUAUCACAUGAAAUCAAUGUUGACAUAUUUGGAAGCUGUAAGAUACAAAAUAACGUCAACAUUGAACGAACUCGACAGCCGGGCUCCCGUCAGCCACCCCCUGGCGACACACAUCAAGGUCAUCAGGGACAAGCAAGGCCUGCAACAGAGCGUACUGAAAGUGCCUCCAUGGCUGCAGGAGGACUAUCAGAAUGAAGUCAACAAAAAUCUGCAACCAAAUUACACGGCGCUAACUAAAAGCGUUAACGGCGGUGGCGAAGAGAGGGAAAGGCGUGAUUCGAUAAUGAGCAGAGCGUCGAGCAAGCUGCGAAUAGAGCACCUGUCGUUCCGACGGAACACGGAGAGCCGGAGCGCGCCGGUGACGCCACUGUGCGCGGAGCCGCCGGCCGCGCCGCCGCCGCCGCCGCCCGAGAGCCCGCUGGACUGGAGCGAGCGCGGCGCCGGCGACGGCCUCUCCAACCAGCAGGACAGCGACUUCGACGAAUUUUCUUCGCAAAGCGACAGUUCUACGGAUCUGACCGACAUGCUGAAAAACGAGAGUGGCGACAAUGCGACACCCACUAAGUCUAUCGGCAAAUGUAGAGCGCUGUACAUUUACGAGGCCAGGCUGAACGACGAGCUGACUCUAUCGCCAGGCGACAUUAUAAACAUCCACGAGAAACAGGAGGACGGCUGGUGGGCCGGCGACCUGGACGGCCGCUACGGCAUCUUCCCCGCCUCCUACGUCGAGGAGAUCACCACCUGCAUAUGAACGUGACAUCCGACUGAUCACUUACCUACUAAAUCGAUCACAUACGAUGCGCGGUUACCCCACAUUGGCGCUCCCUAAUUGAAGAUGAGAGUGUGAUCGCUCAUUUCAGAUCUGUCCAGUACCAGGACCUAUGUAAAUUAUAAUCCACACAAGUUUUAGGGGUAAAACAUCGCCUAUUUGCAGUAUAAAAUAGUGCAUGUUGCAACUGAAUAGUGAUGUAUUUUACAAAUAGUAGAUCGCCAAUGUGUGGUGAGCUUGCGGUCGUCGACGCGUCGUAAAGCGGCGUCUGUGGGUGAUAUAAUUUAGUCUAUGAACCCGGUACACACAAUCUUAACAACCAUACACAAAGGAAUAACGCACAAAUAUUAUAGUCUAGACAGCUGAACAAAAUGACUACAUGGUGCCAUUCGUGUUGAGUUUAAUAUGGGUCUUAGAACUCCCAUUUCGGAUAUGUCGGUCGAAACAGCAAAACAAAUGAAAAACCGGUGUUUUUAUAACCCGAAUAUGUAUCUCGUUAGGGGCAGUCAGCAAAACGCGUAGGUAUCGUGCCGUACAGAGCCAUCUCAUUAGAUGUUUACAUCUAGCACGACAAAUGUUUCAUGUUGUGGGUAUUUCUACUCCUUUGUUAAUGUUUAGUGCUUAAUGCAUAUUAUUUAUUGAAAAUGCACAUUAUACAUACACUUACACGAGACUACUGAUAUUUGUUUACGAGUAGGAGAUGUAUGUAUGCACCCGCGUUUAAACUUAUACAGAAUAGUUCUUAUAAGAUCAAACUAUUAGUAGUGAUAAUGUACAUUGUAUAACUAUAUCAAUAAUCCAAAAUGUAAUUUUAGGUAAAAUAAAAAUGAACCAAAGUGCUGAUUAAUAUUACUUAAAAUAAUAAAUUGUUAAAAAAAUAA